AUGCCCCACGAUGUCCUCCGCACGUCAUCCGCAUACGCCCGCCACUUCUCGUCUCGGCCCGGUCUAUACAAGCAAGCACAGAAGCAAAAGGUUGUAAACGAGGACGAGCCCGCCACACGAACCGAGCCCAAGAAAUCUGCUGCCUCUGAGGGAGAGCAGGCCGCAGGUGACCAGGCAAAGAAAGAGGGCGAGGACGCCAAAGAGAAGAAGGAGGGUGAGAAGGAAACUGGUGAACAGAAGGAGGGCGAAGAGGGUGAAAAGAAAGAAAAGAAGGAUGCCCCGCCACCUCCGCCCCACGGCGAUAAGACGCCAUGGCAGGUCUUCACCGAGACUUUGAAGCAAGAGUUCCAGGCUUCGAAAGAUUGGAAUGAGGGCACAAAACAGUUGGGCGGUGCGUUACACGAUUUCACCCAGAACCCACAAGUCCAAAAGGCUGGGGAGCUCUCAGAAGCUGCAAAGACCAAGACCACGCAGGCAUUGAAAAAGACUGCGUCAGCCGUUGGUCAAGGUGCGGCCUGGACCUGGGAUACUAUGCCUGUAAAGGGUGUUCGUGCUGCUGCGAGGGUUACUGGUAGUGGUCUCGAAUAUGCGACCCGGCCAGUACGGCAAACCAAGGCUUUCCAGGCUGUCAAGGAGACUAUUGACGAUGGUAGCUCAUCGAGAUAUGGCGGCUGGGUUGAGAAGGAGGAACGUAGGAAAAGGCGAGAAUUACGCGAGCUCAACGAACUCAAGCGAGCUGGCGGCAAAGUCCAAGGGCCAAUGGUUGAGAAUCCAGAUGCUGGUACAAACGUAACCCUUCACAAGGACGCCAAAUACAAGGAAGUGUGGCGAGAAUGGAAAGACAAUUCCAAGCUCGCUCAGGGCUUCUUCAAUAUGAAGACCGUCUACAGGGAGUCUGACAACGCCAUCAUCGAGACUGCCCGUAGCAUUUCUGACCGCAUCACUGGCUUCUUCGCCGAAAACGAAACGGCCAUGGUCAUCAAGAAGUUCCGUGAAAUGGACCCCAGCUUCCAAAUGGAGCCCUUCUUAACCGAGAUGCGCGAAUACAUUUUGCCAGAAGUUCUCGACGCAUACGUCAAGGGCGAUGUUGGCGUCUUGAAAGAGUGGCUAUCCGCAGCCCAAUACUCUGUAUACGCCGCCCUCAUGCAGCAAUACCAGGCCGCUGGUCUCAAGUCGGAUGGAAAGAUUGUCGACAUCCGCGGUGUCGAUGUUUUAAACGCCAAACUCCUCGAACCAGGCGAGAUCCCCGUCUUCAUCCUUACCUGCAGAACCCAGGAGGUGCAUGUCUAUCGCAACGCAAAGUCUGGUGAACUGGCGUCGGGCAUGGAUGACAAGGUCCAGCAGGUCACAUAUGCGAUUGGUGUCACGAGGAUUCCAGAGGAUGUGAACAAUCCCGAAACGAGAGGCUGGCGAUUGAUUGAGCUGCAGAAAAGUGCUAGGGAUUACUACUGA